AUGGCAAAGAAUAGUGGAGACGAUAUCGUACCAAAGUGGAACGGAGAUCCCACCACGGUGGAUGACUAUGAGAGAGAUGUCAAGGCCUACAUCCGAGGGACCCGUCGAGAUGAGAGAUACGUAUGCGGCCCACGUUUAUGGAGACGACUGGAAGGACGAGCGAGGCAAGCAACCAAAGAUGUCAACUGGGACCGCAUCGAGAAGGACGACGGAGCGACCGAGUUGCUCAGACAUGUGAGAGCAAAGCUCGGAGCUCAACCCAUCCAGGAUGCAGGAAAGUAUUUAGCAAUAUGGAUCUUCGAUCUACGACGGGACACUGGAGAACCGAUGCCGAGCUACAUCAGCAGAGACGAUGCGGCCUACCAUGACGGGGUCAAGGGAUUCGACACCAAGUAUUUCAAGAAGCAGCGCACAACCCGACUCUCGGCGAGAGCCAAGAAGUGGAAUAACCUCUACGGAGAGCUCAACUGGUUCCUGUAUAAGAUCGAGCAGGAGGGCCCGGAGGACGCUGCGGAGAAGGCCAAGGAGCUGAACCACUCGCUCUGGGACUUCGUCAAGACGGGCCUUCAGGAGAUCCCAGAGCAUCCCGAAUUCGGGACGGAUUUCAACCAGGCGAUGCCCCUAGACCAGCUGCGCGGAUGGCUACUGCUACAGCGAUCGAGACUGACACCGACGGAGCGGGCAGCGGUCAUCAGCGCAUUCAAGGGUAACUUCGACUACGACAGAAUCGGAGAGCAGUUACGAGUUUCCUGGCCAGAUGAUGAGCUGACCAGUCGGGACAAGAAGCAGGGCAAGGAUUUUCGUCACCGAGAUCGUGGACGGAUCCAUGCCGGCUGGGAGGCGAACUGCGAGGAGGACGACGACUACAGCUACUACGAAGAGCACGAGUCCGAGGCGACCUACGACAGCCAGGGCGACGAGGAGGAUGAGGAAGACCCCGAGGAGCCGCUCUACAGUGCCCAGGAGAUCGAGGAAGCCGAGACCGCUUUCGCCGCCCAGCAGAGAAGCUUCGAGGAGGACCCCCGGCUGGAUCUAGAGGCUCAGGGUCAUCCCAGGGGCGAGGCCGCGGGAGCGGACAGCGACGUGACGGACCACCCCGACGAGAAGGAGAUCGCUCCCAAGGAUGCCGAGAUGGAAGCUAACCUCAUCACGAACGAGAUGUCCAGGCUGCGGUUGGAAGCGUCCCUUGCCAACAAGCCAGUGAUCAAGGAUCGGCCGAAGACCGCCAACCAGAAGAAGCAGCUGGACAAGAAUUCCUACAUGCCGAUCGAGGGGGCCAUCGAGUUGCGAGAACGAGUCAAGCACGAGAAGUUACCGAUCUGGUCUACCCUGGAGAAGGCCGAGGACUGGAUUCUCAGGAGUGUCAAACAAAGCUCCUCCAAGGGUUCCGGCAUUCUCGACAUCGGCGCGACCUCCAGCAUCAUGGGCAUAGAGGCCGCCGAGAACCUACGCGACAUUAUCUACGAGCAGACGGGCAAGAACAUCAAGAUGGACGUUAGUCAGCAGAGUACGUUUAUAUUUGGCGACGGCAAUGCCAGGACCUGCACCGGCAAGGCGACCUUUCCCCUUAUGAUCGCCGGUGUGGACGGCGAGCUAGAGAUCAACAUCCUCGACGCAGACGCCCCGCUCCUGAUCGGAGUGGACGUGCUGAGCCGCAUCGGGGCUGCGAUUGACUGCGAGGCACACGCUGUUUACUUCAAGAAGCUCGGGCGCCGAGCUGAGCUGCUCGUCCUUCCGAGCGGUCCCAGACAAUGGAGCCCCACAAGCCUCAGGUACAUCAUCAUGACCUACGACUACGGGUACAUCAUCAUUACCUACGACCACGGGGACAUCAUCAUUACUUGGGACCACGGGGACAUCAUCAUUACCUACGACUACAGGGACAUCAUCCUUACAAACGUCAUGGACAUCAUCAGAAUCGUCCCCUACAGCACCUACUAUGACAUUAUCAGGAACACCUACAGAGAUUCCAGGAACCAGCAUUUCUUCCAUAUUCGCAUGAGCCUCAAUCGCGAGGCGAAAUGCCGCAAAGCCGAGAGCCAGCAGGUGAAGCUGGAGAACGAGGAGAUGGUCGGAUCAUGGGAAGCGGUGCCGCCACUGGAUGCAGGCGCUCCGACUCGUCCUCCGACUUCAACGAGACCUACGCAGCCGAUGCCGCCAUCGGCUCGUCUGAUCCAGCAUCAGGACACGAGGGGCAAUAUAUUCUGCACGGUCGAGUGCUCGGAGCUGGACAAGAGCCUGAAGCGCCUGUCGGACACCUUCCUACUGGAACACCUGCCGACCUGGGAGAUGUGGUCCAGCAAGCUCCUGAAGCAGUGGACGAUGUGCCGCCGCUGGGGGCGGGUCAUCAUCAAGGUCUUCCUCAAGACGAUCGACCGGGUGACCUGGAAGCUGGACAGCAUCGGCCUCCCUGUGCAGCUGCUGCCCGAGAAGUACCCGACCUGGCCGGCGGAGCUCGGGCAUCGUGCGAAGAUCGAGCCACAGCGCCCCAGGACGGAGACGAAGCAGAGGUCAGCCGCAUCCGCGGCCGCUCGAGAGCAGAACCAGGAGCUGCGGGCCAACAUCGAGACCGCAAAGUCCGAUUUCUCGACCAAGUUUGCGACGGUGGAUGCGUUUGCAGCGCUCAGCUCGGAACAGAUCUACGAGAAGCUCAACAUGGUGACGGUGGUCAAUCACCUGAAGCCCCUGUGCAAGACCUGGGGACUGACACAGUCCGGCAAGAAGGAGGUGAUCGACAGGCUCAUCGCGCACAUCAUCGAGCAGCGCGGAACGGCGGCAGCGACGAUCAGGGUCAAGAGGGGGCCGGAGACCAAGAAGGUGGAGACGGGGCCUAUCGUUGUGGGCCAGGCGAUCCCAGCGCACUACACGCAGAUGUGCCAGCACCCAGAUUGUCAGCAGCAGCGGGGCAUCGCGAAGAACGAGCCGAUCGUGAAGGGCUACCACAAGGCGAAGUUCCUGCUGGACGAGAGGCGCCCGGAGCUCCUCGUCAGCACACCUCCCUGCGGGCCGUGGUCGAUUAUGCAGAAUAUCAACCAGCGCGACGACAAGCAGAAGGAGAAUCUGCGCAAGAAGCGACUCAAGAGCCAGCGGAUCUUCGAGAACAACAAGUGGCUCAUCGAGCAUCAGGUGCUUCACCUGAAUGGCUCGGCCCUCGUCGACCAGCCACACAACAGUCGUUCGUGGCAGAAGACCUGCUGGAAGGACCUGCACAAUAUUCUCCCCUACGAGGUGAUCGUAGACGGCUGCGUCUGCGGACUCAAAGCCCCGGACACAGGCGAGCUCAUGAAGAAGCGCUGGAAAUUCCUGACGAACGACAAGAGGAUCUGGGUGGCCCUCCAGCCGCUACAAUGCCGUGGAGGACACUAUCAUGAGGAGAUCGAGAGCAGUCUGAGGACCGAGGCCUCGGGCUCCUAUCCCAAGAUGCUGCGCCGCCGGAUCCUCCGAGAUCUGACCAAGAGCCAGAAUCAGAAUUACUUCGAAGAAGAGGUCGUGAAUUUCUGUAUGGCCGCCACCCAGCAGCCACCUACUGAGCCGACUCCAGAGGAGGACGAGACAUCGAUUCCACCACUAGAUGGCAAGGAGUCACGCGACCUCACCAGCGACACAGUCAAGAUGCUCGAGAGCUGCAUCAAGCUGGUUCACACCCACCUGGGACAUUUACCUCGAGCACAUCUUCUACGUUACCUACGAGACCGAGGCGCGAGACCUGAGGUGCUACGAUUGGCCAGAACCUUCAAGUGCGACAUCUGUGAUGCUCACCGACCACCGACGAAGCGGCCACCAGCUUCCUCAGCAGAGCAGCCUCAGAAUUGUCACGAAGUUUUGUUCGACGCCUUCUCUUGGAUCCGUCGCAGCACGAACACCAACGUGAUGGCGCUAGCGAUCCUCGACGCUGGCUCGGACAUACUCUACGUGCGGCUUAUCGACGAGAAAGCGAUCCCAGAGACCUGCCGACAAGUUCGGGCGGGCGACCUUCGACGCAUCUUUGCUACGAAGUGGUUCACUUGGAUGGGGCGGCCGAAGGUCAUGCGCUAUGAUCCAGCCGGGAGCGCCAUCUCCGACGAAUUCCGCGAGCGGAUCGAGAGCCAGGGAGUCUACUGCCUCCCAUGCGCUGCCGACGCCCACUGGCAGAUCGGCAAGAUCGAACGAGCCAUUGAAGCUUUCAAGGAGGCCCUUGACGCCUUCGACGAGAUGACUCAGCUGAAGUUCCCGCGAGAGCCUGGCGCAAGAAAGGACAACCCCGAUCCAUGCCAGGGCGAGGCCGCUGGUACGGACCUGGACGAGUACUCUGCCAUGGGCCUGCCAGCUCAGGACAUCGACCUGGAGGCGAUGGCGUCGCUACGCUCGCGCCGCGAGCAGCCUGGAACAUGGACCUUCGGCGACGUCCAAAAGCAGCUCGACACGAACGAGGUGAUCGACCUGUCGAACGAGUCCCCACCCUCUGGUGAGGACCUGGCCGCUGACGACGGAGAGUCGGUCAGCGCCCGCACCUUCGAGAAUAACGCAAGAUCUACGGAGCCCCCGAUCAAGAAGCAGCGGAUCAACUUGGCGACCCAGGAGGACUAUUCCUAUUACCUGCAGGAGGCAAACUUCUACGGGGACUACGCCUACAGCGUCCAGCCGUAUGACGAGGUCAAGGAGGACGACGAGCUCAUCGUGCUGGACAUCCCUGUCCACAAAGAGCACAUGUUCAUGGCUUACAUGGACGACCCCAGCAACUUCGUGGCAUCGCAGGCCCGGAAGGGCCGAGUCGAAGUCUCAUUCAAGAAGGCGACCCCAGAGGAGAAGAAGCUGCUACUCGAGGCACAGCAGAAGGAGUGCACCUCCGUCCUCAGCACGAAGGCCGUCAGGAUCCUCAGUCGACAGGGGAUCGACCCAACGCGUCUGUUGCGCUGCCGUUUCGUGCUGACCUGGAAGAAGGGUGACAAGGGCAACGCUCUCAGGGGCAAGGCCAGAUUGGUCGUGCUCGGCUUCAGCGACCCCGACCUGCUUCAUCUACGGACGGAGUCUCCCGUUGCAUCGCGACGGGCACGUCAACUUCUACUGGCCAUGGCAGCGAGACACAAGUGGAAGCUGGAGAAGGCCGAUGCCGUGACUGCCUUCCUCCAGGGAGAAACGGACGAGGAGAAGCGGAAGAUCUAUGCGGACCCCCCGAAGGACGUACGUCAGGCCUUCGGCAUGAAAGACGACGAGGUCCUGCAGUUUCUCAAGCCGAUGUACGGGUUCGUACAUGCUCCUCGCAAGUGGUGGCUACACUUCAAAGAAACGCUCAAGAUGCUGCAGCUGGAAGUGAUACAGUGCGAGCCAUGCGUCUGGGCCAUCCGAGACAGCACUACGCUGGUCGGCACGGACAGCUACAGCCUGAACGUGGAGCCCAUCAAGAUACGACGUGGACGGAAACCUACAGACGGAGUCUCGGACAAAGAGAGAUCAGACUUACGAGGACGACUUGGUGCAGUCGGCUGGCGAGCUCAACAGUCCGCCACGUGGCUAAGUGCUGAAGUCGCUCUACUUCAAGCGGAGAUACCUACGGCUACGGUCUCGACCAUCCAGAAGAUCAACAAACUCAUCCGCACCAGGAACGAUACUGCCGACGUGGUCAUGCUCAUCCCCGCCAUUGAGCAUAUCGCUGUGGUUGGCUGGGGCGACGCAGCCUGGGCUGCCCGUAUCACCGGCGAGUCCCAAGGUGGCGAGAUGAUCGUGUUGGCCCCACUGUCUUUCCUGAGCGGCUCGACUGAGACAGUGGCACCUAUCUCCUGGAGGUCGUGCAAACUACCGCGAGUCGCCAGAAGCAGUACGAGUGCGGAGGUUCAGAGGAUGACGGAGACCCUAGACGAGAUCAGCUACGUGCGCCUGUUCAUCUAUGAGUUGGAGUGCGGCCAAGUGGACUACACGAACAAGCAGCACGUGAACGACGCCAUCUCAUCCUGCCCUGGCGUGCUAGUCACAGACGGCAAGUCGGGCUACGACGCUAUCGAGAAGAGUGAGUCGGCUGGUCUUGGACUACGCGACAAACGUACGAGCAUCGAGUGUCUAGGCAUUCGACAGCAGAAGGAGCAGACAGCCCUCCAGAUACGUUGGGUUCACAGCGACGCUAUGCUCGCCGACGGUCUCACCAAGGAUCGUGCCGCCAAGGUCUUGCUCGAGUUCUUCAGGACCGGCCAGCGCUGGAGGCUCGUGGACGACCCUCUACACCGCAGUGCCAGAAAACGCAAGACCGAGGGCAUGGACAAGCUCGACCACGGCAAGCCGCUGUUCACCAACGAUGACGAGGCUAUGCUGGAGGCCCUCAUCUACUAUGCCCGCGACAACCCCGACAAGCAG